GGCAUGCGCAGUGCGCAGGGCCGGCUCGCUGCACAAGCAGGAAGCGUUCGCGGUGAUCCUGGCGGCUGCGCUGGGGUAUGCGGUACCGGCUAGCGUGGCUGCUGCAUCCCGCACUGCCCAGCACCUUCCGUUCCGUCCUCGGCGCCCGCCUCCCGCCCCCGGAGCGCCUCUGUGGUUUCCAAAAAAAGACUUACAGCAAAAUGAAUAAUCCAGCUAUCAAGAGAAUAGGAAAUCACAUUAUCAAAUCUCCUGAAGACAAGCGAGAAUAUCGUGGGCUAGAGCUGGCCAAUGGUAUCAAAGUACUUCUCAUCAGUGAUCCUACCACGGAUAAGUCGUCAGCAGCACUUGAUGUACACAUAGGUUCAUUGUCUGAUCCUCCAAAUAUUGCUGGCUUAAGUCAUUUUUGUGAACAUAUGCUUUUUUUGGGAACAAAGAAGUACCCUAAAGAAAAUGAAUACAGUCAGUUUCUCAGUGAGCAUGCAGGAAGUUCAAAUGCUUUUACUAGUGGAGAGCAUACCAAUUACUAUUUUGAUGUUUCCCAUGAACAUCUAGAAGGUGCCCUAGACAGGUUUGCACAGUUUUUCUUGUGCCCCUUGUUUGAUGAGAGUUGCAAAGACAGAGAGGUGAAUGCAGUUGAUUCAGAACAUGAGAAGAAUGUGAUGAAUGAUGCCUGGAGGCUCUUUCAGUUGGAAAAAGCUACAGGGAAUCCUAAACACCCCUUCAGUAAAUUUGGGACAGGCCGAGAAUCUUUAGAUGACUUGACUAAUCUGGUGGUAAAAUUGUUUUCUGAAGUAGAGAACAAAAAUGUCCCAUUGCCAGAAUUUCCUGAACACCCUUUCCAAGAAGAACAUCUUAAACAACUUUAUAAAAUAGUACCCAUUAAAGAUAUUAGGAAUCUUUAUGUGACAUUUCCCAUACCUGAUCUUCAGAAAUACUACAAAUCAAAUCCUGGUCAUUAUCUUGGUCAUCUCAUUGGGCAUGAAGGUCCUGGAAGUCUGUUAUCAGAACUUAAAUCAAAAGGCUGGGUAAAUACUCUUGUUGGUGGGCAGAAGGAAGGAGCCCGAGGUUUUAUGUUUUUUAUCAUUAAUGUGGACUUGACUGAGGAAGGAUUAUUACAUGUUGAAGAUAUAAUUUUGCACAUGUUUCAAUACAUUCAGAAGUUACGUGCAGAAGGACCUCAAGAAUGGGUUUUCCAAGAGUGCAAGGACUUGAAUGCUGUUGCUUUUAGGUUUAAAGAUAAAGAGAGGCCACGGGGCUAUACGUCUAAGAUUGCGGGAAUAUUGCAUUAUUAUCCUCUAGAAGAAGUGCUCACAGCUGAAUAUUUCCUGGAAGAAUUUAGACCUGACUUAAUAGAGAUGGUUCUUGAUAAACUCAGACCAGAAAAUGUCCGGGUUGCAAUAGUUUCAAAAUCUUUUGAAGGAAAAACUGAUCGCACAGAAGAGUGGUAUGGAACCCAGUACAAACAAGAAGCUAUCCCAGACGAAGUCAUUAAGAAAUGGCAAAAUGCUGACCUGAAUGGGAAAUUUAAACUUCCAACAAAGAAUGAAUUUAUUCCUACAAAUUUUGAGAUUUUAUCGUUAGAAAAAGAGGCAACACCAUACCCUGCUCUUAUUAAGGAUACAGCUAUGAGCAAACUGUGGUUCAAACAAGAUGAUAAGUUUUUCUUGCCGAAGGCUUGUCUCAACUUUGAAUUUUUCAGCCCAUUUGCUUAUGUGGACCCCUUGCACUGUAACAUGGCCUAUUUGUACCUUGAGCUCCUCAAAGACUCACUCAACGAGUAUGCAUAUGCAGCAGAGCUAGCAGGCUUGAGCUAUGAUCUCCAAAAUACCAUCUAUGGGAUGUAUCUCUCGGUGAAAGGUUACAAUGACAAGCAGCCGAUUUUGCUAAAGAAGAUUAUUGAGAAAAUGGCUACCUUUGAGAUUGAUGAAAAAAGAUUUGAAAUUAUCAAAGAGGCAUAUAUGCGAUCUCUUAACAAUUUCCGGGCCGAACAGCCUCACCAGCAUGCCAUGUACUACCUCCGCUUGCUGAUGACUGAAGUGGCCUGGACUAAAGAUGAGUUAAAAGAAGCCCUGGAUGAUGUUACCCUUCCUCGUCUUAAGGCGUUUAUACCUCAGCUCCUGUCACGGCUGCACAUUGAAGCCCUUCUCCAUGGAAACAUAACAAAGCAGGCUGCUUUAGGAAUUAUGCAGAUGGUUGAAGACACUCUCAUCGAACAUGCUCACACCAAACCUCUUCUUCCAAGUCAGCUGGUUCGGUAUAGAGAGGUUCAGCUCCCUGAUGGAGGAUGGUUUGUUUAUCAGCGGAGGAAUGAAGUUCACAAUAACUGUGGCAUCGAAAUAUACUACCAAACAGACAUGCAGAGCACCUCAGAGAAUAUGUUUCUGGAACUCUUCUGUCAGAUUAUCUCUGAGCCUUGCUUCAACACCCUACGCACCAAGGAGCAGUUGGGCUAUAUUGUCUUCAGUGGACCACGUCGAGCCAAUGGCAUACAGGGCUUGCGAUUCAUCAUCCAGUCAGAAAAGCCGCCUCACUACCUAGAAAGCAGAGUGGAAGCUUUCUUAAUUACCAUGGAAAAGUCCAUAGAGGACAUGACAGAAGAAGCCUUCCAAAAACACAUUCAAGCAUUAGCAAUUCGUCGACUAGACAAACCAAAGAAACUGUCUGCUGAGUGUGCUAAAUAUUGGGGUGAAAUCAUCUCCCAGCAAUACAAUUUUGACAGAGAUAAUAUAGAAGUUGCAUAUUUAAAGACACUUACCAAGGAAGAUAUCAUCAAAUUCUACAAGGAAAUGUUGGCAGUCGAUGCCCCUAGGAGACAUAAGGUAUCCGUGCAUGUUCUUGCCAGGGAAAUGGAUUCUUGUCCUGUUGUUGGAGAGUUCCCAUGUCAAAAUGAUAUAAAUUUGUCACAAGCACCAGCCUUGCCACAACCUGAAGUGGUACAGAACAUGACCGAAUUCAAGCGUGGUCUGCCACUGUUUCCCCUUGUGAAACCACAUAUUAACUUCAUGGCUGCAAAACUCUGAAGAUUACUCACAGCUGGGAAAGUGCGAGUGGAUGCAUUCCUGAGUCUUCCAGGGCCUAGGAAAACAAUCUUGGCCACUUUAAUAGCUUCUAGUUCACUAUUAGACAAACAGAACAAAAGAAGUUAUCAAAUGUCAUUAUGUAGAAAUAUUAAAAAUCCAAAGUAAUUAAAUUACAAAAUCGUAUAGAUGUAGAAUAUUUUUAAAAUACAUGCCUCUUAAAUAUUUUAAAAAUUUUCUUUUCAUUCCUAAGAGAAAUUUCCCUUAUAUAACAAUGCUUAAAAUGAUGAAUGAUAUUCCUAUAGAAUAUUCCCUAUUCUGUAAAAUAGUCACUUGUCUAAAGAAAAUAAAAGUUAGUUUUUUUCUAAAAAGCCUCCUAGAUUGACAUAGAAGGCUUCGCAACAUUUAGAAAGGUAAUACCUUUUUAAAAUUGGUCCUCAAAUUUGCUUUCUACUUGACGGUUUCAUGUAAAUCAGUGGAGGACGUUACAUUUGACAGAUGGUAAACAAAACAAUGUAAUUUUGUUUGUGAAAUUACUGAUUAUAUAAGGCAUGGUUUUAAUCUUUUUAUAAAAUUUGAACAUAUUUUUUAUUCCAACUAGUAAAAUGCUAGAAAACCCUAGAACAGCCUACUUAUAUACAGUGCUAGAAAUACAGAUUUACCUUACAUCAAUUUUGUCCUAAACUGAAUUUCUCAGGAUUACUGUGGUUUCUUUCUUUCUGACUGAAUUAUAUUGACAUUCUUGUUCAUAGUUGGUUUGCAGGGUCCCGUCAGUUUUAUUUUUUCUCAUCAACAUGUUGCUGUAUUUAUUUAACAAGUACAAAUAGGGUCAACUUCAGAUCUUACUGAGUGUGUGACAUGCUUUUCCAACAUCAGCUUUGGAACCACCCCUAACUUUUUGCUGUGGUGAAAGUGCAGUCAGUGUGUGAACCCAAAUAUUUUGCCCUGUUAUGAAUUUAAAAGGCAACAAAUACAAAGCCACCUUUUUGGAGAUAUAAAAAAUAAAGCCUUGCAUUCUUAAAUGGCAUGUCUCCAUAAGACUCUAAAAUCUUGUUGCCACCAGUCUAAUCUUGCCUUAAGUGUUCAUUUAUUUUUUGAAUAUAUAAAUAUAAACAUACAAACAUACAGAUGAUGACUGGAGUGGACUUUUAAAAAGUAUUUUUUUCAGGAGAUACUAUUUUAAGUGAAAUUGUUACUGUAGAUUUAACAUCUGUUUGAAAAUAUUUACUGUUAUUAAAAUUUGCUUCAAGAGAAAUUGUGAAUAUAUUUCCACAUACAGGAACUAGUAAGUGGCCCUGUUGUCCACUAACUCAGGCAAAGUAAAGAAUGGCAUUUCCAAACGACAUUUUGCCUUACCAUAUGAAUUGAUUUUCCAGGACUUCUUUCUUUAAAGUCAUGUCUUUUUACCUCUUAAGUUUUUACAUUUGCCAUUUUCCAAAUCUCAAUUUGGGGCAAGAAUGAUACAGUCACAACUCUAGGAGCUGCUUUCACAAGUGGGGCUCCAUUUCUACUGUCAGAUCAAUGUGGUGCUGUAACUGUCUUUCUAUCUGUACCUUCAAAGAGCCUCCUUGUAUGAAGCCUGUCUUUGUCCAUCAGAAGGUGUGUGAAGUCAUCACUACCUUCUGGUUUUAUGCAUUUGUAGACUAUGCAGCUUUUCAUCAAACUGCAAAUACAUACAAGACAGAUCUAAAAUUAGUCCUGAGUGUUUAAAUCCACCACUGUAAGAGUAAAUAGAAAUCCACCUACCUUUUCUGUGGAUAAUUCUGUGCUAUUGAAUAACUUUUAGCUCUUUUUAAAAAAUGGGUGAAAUUUGGGAGUGUCAUUUUUAUAAGAAAGGCACACGAUCUGAAAGCAAUCUCAUGUAGUCUUCCUCGAACCUGCGAUUGUUGUUCAGUGUGCUUCGGCAUUUUCCAGUUUCCAAAUUGCAUCUAGAGCUCCUGUCGCAUCACUCAGGCAUACUAAUGGAUUCAUGUAGAUGGGUCCAAGCUGCAGUCAUGAGCAAUAACAGACCACCCCAAAUACUGCUAUUUACUCAGUGCUUAGUAAAUGAGAUUUGUGAAACAGAUAAAGUUAUUAGUUACCUGGGACUUUUUAAAAAAACUCUUCUUUCUGACUAGUUGAUGUGAAAGAGGGAGCAUGUGACACAGCCAGUAUGGUGGACUGCUAGGGUUAUCCUGUUUACAAUAAAUCGCCUGAACUUAACCUCUGGAGUUUGCAUUUGUGUUAUUUUUACAAUAUUAUGAAAUAGUAUAGUGGCCAAUCCUCAGCCUACCUCUCAAGUUGUCCCAGUUUUACAAAGUUUCUUGCUUUCAUUGUAUCUAAUGCAGAAAGCAGUGAAUUCUAAUACAUUUUUUAGAGUGUAUCUGGGUAACAGUGAUUUUGUCAAAUAAAAUGGCUCAAUUUCA